CUUAAAAACACUCGGACUUUUUUUUAGUGAAGUGUUGGCCGGAGCCAGGCUCUUAUUUUGAAGGUGGCUCUUCGGUCCCUCCUGGUUCAUGUGGUCUCAGAAACCCACCGGGCUCCCAUCCACAGCGGGACCCUCCUCACAUGUGCUGCAGAGCCUCCGAGGAGCGGACACAGAGCUCGGAGAAGUCAGAAAGUCAGACAGACGAGUGGACGAGGGGACGAGGACCGAGGACCGAGGAAAGAGAAGAAGAAGAAGAAGAAGUGGAGACCAAAUGAAAGCGCGGUGCCAGCUGCAGAGGGGACGCGCUGACACCGGAGAGGGCUUUUUAAAUUUAACCUUUUCUACUCGUUGGAUUGUAAACCCCUGAGGAUUGACCGGCACCAUGCACCUACUGGGAAUAUCUCUGCUAUUACUCGCCUACAUUUUCUACAGCAACCUCGCCAGCGACCUCAGCCACAGCGACUAUUAUGAAUCCUACGAGCAGGAGCCACUGGACGAGCCGGAAUCUCCACCGAAGCCAGACAUGGAGGAGAAGCUGCGUUCAGCGUCGAGUGUUGAUGAACUGAUGAGUCUUAUCUAUCCCUCAUACUGGGCCACUCUGAAGUGCAGAUCCAAACUUUCUGCUGCAGCCGCCUCCAAACUGUCCCAGCGGCCUCAUCGACCGAGGCCAGCGGCUAACGCAGAACAGCCAAAAUUAGCUGCCGCCUACCUCAACUUGGAUCUCCUCAAAAAUAUAGAGUCGGAGUGGAGGAAGACUCAGUGCAUGCCCAGAGAAGUGUGUGUCGAUGUGGGAAGGGAGUUCGGGGCUCCCACAAACAUCUUCUAUAAGCCAUCCUGUGUGUCCGUCUACAGAUGUGGAGGAUGCUGUCACUCUGAGGACAAACAAUGCAGGAAUAUCUCCACUGGUUACCUCAGCAAAACUCUCUUUGAGAUCACGGUGCCGAUCACCCAAGGCACCAAACCAGUGACCAUUAGUGUGGCCAACCACACUCAGUGCACCUGCCUGUCCAAACUGGACAUAUACAAACAAGUUCACAGCAUCAUCAGAAGAGCCUUGCCUGACUGUCCAAUAGCCAACAGGACGUGUCUUCCCAGUCAGACCUGGAGCAGCAGACAGUGUAGAUGUGUCAGCAUGGCGGCCAAUUUGCAGCUCAACCACGCGCUUCCACCACUGCCGCCUCUGGGGCCCUCACAGCAGCACCUUGAUGUAUUCUCAGCAGAUGUGUGUGGCCCAGAAAAGGAGCUGGAUGUGGACACAUGUCAGUGCAUAUGUCGGCACAGGCACCAGACUCAGGACUGUGGUCCAAACCGACACCUCGACCACGACACCUGCCAGUGUGUCUGCGACGUGCCGCCCAGUCCGUCCUGCCCAGCGAACCACGUCUUCAACAAGGACACGUGUCAGUGCACAUGCAGCAAGACGUGUCCGAGGCACCAGCCUCUCAACAAGACAAAGUGUUCCUGUGAAUGUAAUGAGUCACCUAAUAAGUGUUUCCUAAAAGGAAGGAGGUUUCACCAUGCCACAUGCAGUUGCCUCCGGCCUCCCUGCGAGGUGAAAAGGCGGAGGUGUGAACCGGGUUUCUUCUUCAGCGAGGAAGUGUGUCGCUGCGUUCCAUCCCACUGGAGGCGACUAGACUAACCUCGGCCUCGCCAACAAGGCGCCAACGAGCAGAAAUUUAAGAAGCAGAAUUCACCCAGUACCAGAGUGGACGCGCUCGUCACCACCAGCCGCGAUCCAGGCCGAGUGUGUGGGUUCUGAUGAAUGUGAGAAAUGCACUGAUGCCACUAUGAGGAUGUUUUAAUCACAGAACGACCGAUGAAGGACUGAAAACAUUAAAAAAAAAAAAAAGAGUCGACACUUGUUUUAAAAUGUUGUCUAAAUAUUUGUUUCUUGUUAAAUAUUUGGGAGGGGCGGGGCUUUGUAUUAAUUAUGUCUCAGUAUUCUUAUGUCAGAUAUUGAUUAUAUAAUUUAUUAAAUGUUACGUUUAAAGCACUGUAUUGCAAUUUCACUAUUUUACAUGAAAAUACACUGUGAUCAAUAUUUUUGUAUCAUGUAAAGCAUAUGUGCAAAAUAAAGCACACUAGAUGUGUAUAUUGUUAACUAA